GAACAUAACCCAACUUUGAAGGAUGUUUUUUGGUAGUAAACAAAAAAUGAUAAAGAUUUCAUAAAAUUUACACUUUUAUGCUAAUUAGUGUGAUUUUGAUUAUUGUAAAUUCAUAAUGAUAACGUUGUCGCAAAGACUUAAAAGGAAAGCAGAUAAUAAUGAAGCAACAACAUCAAGAGCUUCAAUAAGAGACAGAUUACUAGUUAAGGAAGCUCAAGAAAUGGCUCAGUUGUUACCUUCGUGUUGUUCUAUUCACUAUACCAAUGAACAUGAUUUAAGUAGAUUUAUGUUAGUAGUAAAGCCAGCGGAGGGCUUCUGGGAAGGUGGGACUUUUCGGUUUGAUAUAUGUGUUACAGAUGAAUAUAACAUGGUCCCCCCUGUAGUUAAAUGUCUAACAAAAUUGUGGCAUCCAAAUAUUACCGAAUCUGGUGAGGUAUGUUUAUCAUUACUUAGAAGGCACAGUAUGGAUGGUAUGGGAUGGUCACCUAUUAGACGAUUAAAUGAUGUUGUUUGGGGAUUAAAUGCCUUAUUCACAGACUUACUGAACUUUGAAGAUCCUCUCAAUGUGGAAGCGGCUGAGAUGUACAGGCAUUCUAAAGAGGAAUUUAAAAUGAAAGUUAUGGAGUAUGUAGCUAGUUAUGCAAAGGAUUAGGUUAUAUUUCUUGAGCUUGUAAGUCUUUUGUAUUUAUUUUGCAGACAUUUUAUUUAAAAUAACUUUUGGUUGCUGUGUUACUAGGGUGUAAGUAGAGGGUGCCUAAAAUUAUAUUACAUAUAUCGUUUUUAUAGAACUAUUAUUGUUCUACUAAUACUUUGAAUCUACUAAUUAGAUUUUGUUAAACAUUUUACAAGUUGCUUAUGUUAAAUUACCAAAAAUAUAUCCAAAUCAAAAAAAUAUUGCAUAUCAGAGUGAGUGGACCAUCUAAAAAUUUAAAAAAGUUAUAUUAUUACUUUUAUUAUUAUUAUUUUAUAUUAUUACUUACUAAAUAUCUUGUAUAUAGGUUCAAUCCCUGAUUUAACAUGUCAUUAGAUGGUUUUAAUGAUAAUCAAAGUGAAAAUAUUGUAUAACAGAAUUGAACAGUUCAAGAAAGGAUGAUAAUCCAUAUUGUAUCUAUCCUCAAUUCUAGAGAAUAUUUCUGAUUCAAGUUGACAGCAAGUUUAAUAGGAUUUUGAUUCACCUUUUAAGAAGACUAGUCCAUUUUUGAAUACGUAAUUCUUUAAAGUACCAUAGUGCCACCAGGCAUUCUAUAGAGUAUAGCAAAUAAUUGAUUCAAUUUAAAUAAAGUAAGUAAUUUAAAAAUCGUAUAAUUACCUACCUACUUAAUUUUUUAGAUGUUCCAUUUCUUCAGGUCCAUAGUGUACAAUCGUGUAUGUUUAUAUUUUUUAGAGUGUAUAGACAUGCGACAAAAAAAUAGUACUGUUCAUUAUAUUUAUAUGUUUUGAAUAAUAACUCAUAAAUAAAUACAUAUUAUUUUAAUUUGUGGAUAGUUUUAUCUGGAUCCAAUACUUUUAACUUUUUGCAUAAACAACAGGACUACUAGUUGCAUAUCUGGCCUAAUAUUUAUUUAAAUAAUAUCGGUUUUGGACACCCUCUCUCAAUAAUUUAAAUUAUCAAUAUAUCCACAGUACUUUUGCUAUAUUUGUAAUUGUGAUAAAUAAUAUGCUUUUUAAAUUUUUAUAAAAAGAAUCAGUCGAUAUU